AUGCUCUGCAAUGGCCUGUCCUCUGGUACCAAGAACCACUUUGAGUGGUUUGAAGAACUCUCCGGCCCCGACUGCAUCCGCUACAGCCACGUCUACAUACCAGUCAAGAAGGUCAAGGAUCGCCACUCCACGCGCACUCACUGGACCUUCUAUCUGAUCCACAACAUCGGUCUGAACUCAUAUGCUGGCACCAACAGCAAGUGGAUUGUCCUUGACGUCCUCACCUUCAGUACCGGCAAACCCUGCAUCUCGUGGAACACAGUCAUCCGCCCAACGCACGAGCAAGUUGUAGCGUGGACCACCCGCUCCCACAGUCACUGCCUUCGCCCACUUCCGUGUGUAUACUCCAGCAUACGCACUGCCUUUAGCACUCGCUACAACAAUCGCAAGUUCGCGCUCAAUCCCCUUCAACGCCUAGACUCCCUCAUCCUCUGCUAA